AUGGCUCACAAUGUGAUGCCCCUCAGCAUUGGAGAACUCACUGUUCAUACACGAAGCAUCCGGAACUUUCUCCGGGACCCCAUCGCAGUGCCCUCCUGA